AUGGCGGCAAAUCAACCUAGCUAUCUCCUCGCCCCCAAUUGGGAUUUCCCGCCUGACCGAGAUGUCAGGUUGGGCAACAUCAUCAAAGAUCCAAAAUUGCCUGGUUGUUCGUUAAACUCAGAGUCGCGUAUCGACCCGAAUCAGGAUUCUGAGAGUCCGCACGCAGUUACUACCACGAAGAAACAAUCAUGGAGUCUCACCCGACACAACCUGCUGUCGCUCAAUGCCGGCCUUCAAACCUCAUUUCUAGCCCCUCUGAUAGGCUUUGGAGGCGAUGUCGCCGGCAGAGCCUUUCGUGAUGAUGGGGCAAGGUUCAAGUGUCAAACACUCGAGACGCAAUACUUCAACCCCAGCGACCGAUAUAUCGCAGAGAGCCUGUCUGCCAAGACGGUGAAAGCGUAUACGAAAAAGUACUGGUGGAAAUCGAUCUACAUGAUCACCGGCGUCAAGAUUGCGCACGGCGCCAGCAUAGAAACGUUUAGAAAUACAGGCUCCGGUGCCGACGUUGCUGUCACCACGGAUUUAACGCCGUCCACAGCAGUCUCUGUUGAGGAAAAGCCGCACUUCAGUUCGGAAACAAUGCAUGAACACCACAUCGUGUUCGAUGUGUGUGAGGAGCCGUUCAUUAUCGGGUACCAACUCCUCAAGAUCAAGCCCAAAUCCGACGGCAAAUACGCAGACAAACCAUUCAAUAAGUUCGCACUACUGAGCGACGAGCAAAUUGAAGAUGCUACGAGCAAAGAGGCGGUGGAGCUUCUGCAUCAGGUGUAUGAUAUUGGCAACGUCGAAGGUCAGGAUGAUAUCGACGGAGAGACUACUGAGAUUUGGAGCCAAAUGCGCGUCGGUGUGCUGAACUGUUUCUGGCUCCUAUCGCCCAGAAAGAUCCGUCACCCAUCAUUUGUACUCACUGGGACUUGUUCACUACAGGCUUUGGGAAUUAGGGGCGCCGAGACAAACCCACCUGUACGGUUUUUGUGUAGCCAGCUGUUCAUGGAUGACAAGUCCUGCUACUUUUGUUACUACAAAGUACGCAUAUAUUUUGAGGUAGUCAUUCUUUCCCGACUCCUAACGAUAUCGACUUCCUCCUCGGCAUAUGUGGAGAAACCAUCCCUGCCGCCCGGUGCAAAUAUGAAGAGAUUCCGGUCCAUAUUCUCAAAAGCCACCAAACUAAACUUCUUGCGCUGCGAGAGCGAUCUUUCCAAAUAUGAAAAGCUUAUGGAGCGCAGUGCGUCCGGCCAACCAGAAAGAGUCGACUGGGAGAUAACUGAAAAGCGGAGGAAUUUCUCCAAUAUCAACUGGGAGGAAACGGAAGCCCUGCAGGACGGGCCAGAGGUCUCCCCUACUGAUGACGAAUAUUGCUUGACGAUGAAGGAUGUUCAUCCCGCUUGUGAUACAUCAGACGCUCAAGAGGCUAUUAGGCGGUUCUAUGACACUCUUUGUGAUCACUGGCCUUUCCAUUGCGGGGAUACCCAUCGUUCAAUGCUUAGGUUGGUCGGCCAUAGACAAUACAUAAGCGAGGAUGGUAGAGCUGCCCACACAUUCGAGUUUGACACAUUAUCAUCAAGCCACAACCGUCACUGGGGCCGCAUCAAGUUUUUGGCAGAGGUACCACAACGUCGUAGGAAAGUCGCAUUCGAGGGCAUUGCCGACCAGGAGAACCCAAACAGACCUACUCCUGUGGAUCUCUGCCAAACGAUCGAACGGUCUGCAAGGGAAAAAAUGUGCUAUUUCGUCAACUUCGGCUGUGGCCAGUCCUCAAAGCUGCCAGGCCAUCUGCCGAUCAUACUUCGCGAGCCCCUAAUCGGGCUGGGAAACCUCCUUCAAGCAGGAGAUGCUGACCAGGUAACUUGCGGAUACCAACUUAGUCUGCGGGAAAAGGCCUUGGUAGCCGUGAUAUUCGCAUCCACCCUGCUCCAGCUCAGCAAAGGAGCCUGGGGGAAGGGAGCACUUGACGAGGGGCCUUGGCUGCAGAGGAAUUGGACCGAGAACGGAAUACAAUUCUUAUUGAAUAUCGAUAACAAGCCGAUAUUGGACGAAGCCUAUCUUCCAAUAAUUUUCAACGGCCCACCCGACGGUAGUACGUUUAACUGCUCGACAUCCAGCUUUCUCGCGUUGGCCAUCACCCUUCUUCAACUAUCAAACUCUGAAGUCGUUCAGAAGUUUAAUGCGAUUCGCAAGGAAAUCCUACAACUUGAAGAAAUUAAAGAAACGGAAAAUGAUCAAAUAGAUCGGUGGGCUCUCCAUCACCUUAUGACUGUCGACACGUUUACUGCGCUCGUAGACGACCAAUAUCAAAAAGCCAUUAAAGCUUGCAUUUCGGGCAAGCUUGCUACUGAUAUAGGACAAGUAGAAGAGGGUAUAGUUCAGGAAUGCUUCGAGCAGGAGGUUAUCUUACCCCUGAAAAACUAUCUGGAGAAGAUGAUGGGUCCAGAACAGGCGAUGGCAUCUAUGAGGAGGAACCUGGUAUCUCAAACAAAGCAUUCGCGACAGUUCCAGGAAGGGAACUGGUGUUGUUCAUCUGACAAGAGUGACGAUGAGGGUCGUCACUCGAUAGAUGAAGAGAAUGCCAAAUAUGCCAAGCAAUGGUUCCAUAUGUUCGAAGCCAAAGUUUAUGAGCUCGUGAAGCUGCAACCUGAAGACGAUGUGAGGGGUACAUCUUCGCCUGCUCGUAUUAAAAUCGCCAUACUUGACACGGGAAUACAAUUCCCGCGAGAGGCUUUCGACCUCUUCGGUGACCAGAUCAUUGAGUACAAAAGCUGGAUCCAAUGUAACGAAGAUCGAAGCGAGCUGGACGGGGGACACGGGGACUUGGAUGGCCAUGGCACUCAUUGCGCUUCAGUGCUGCUCAAUGUUGCGAAAAAUGCGCACAUAUAUGUCGCCAGAGUUUUCCGGGCGCGAACAGAACGUAACAUGGAUGACAAUGCAACCAAUAAAGCCAUAGCCGAGGCACUUUCAUACGCCAUUGAUAAAUGGCAAGUCGAUAUUAUUACAAUGUCAUUUGGUCGCCCUGACAGGGUAGAAUGCAUCAAUUCCCAGAUUCAGCGAGCUCGGGAUAGAGGUAUUCUCAUGGUAUCAGCAGCAUCUAAUGCUGGUGGACUUGGGACCAUUUCAUGGCCAGCAAAGGCUCAAGAUGUCAUCUGCGUUCAUGCUCUUGAUGGAUAUGGAAAUGGUACUAAUUUCACCCCGAGUCCCAGGCCACACAACCAUAACUUUGCUGCACCGGGCGUGUCCAUAGAAGGAUACUGGCCAACGCAUCUAAGUCCCAGCAGAAAGCCCUUUCAAUACAUGAGUGGCACAUCUUGCGCCACGCCAAUUGUGGCAGGUAUCUUGGCAGUACUACUGGAGUAUGUUCGCAAACAUGAAACCAAGUAUGGCUAUUAUGCAGAUCUUUUCAAAAGACUAAGGGAGAAAGAAGGCGUCGUUACGAUAUUAGGAAAGAUGACGUCCACAGAGAAAAGGAACAAGUACCAGUUCUUAGAGCCUUGGAAGCUUUUGGAUGCGCAAGAUGAGUUCCAGAAUGAUGAUAUUCGCAUGAAGGAAAUAAUCAGACUGCUAAAGAGUGUUGGAUAA